AUGACAAUGACUUCGUCAAACGCGGCGUCUACCAUUAUGAGUGUGCCCAAUGGUACUACCUCGCAACCCUCCAGCACAACCAGCAGUUUGUUAUCAACCAUCACAAGCAUGUCUAGCGGUGCGGCUCAACAAGCUGCCAGCACAAUGGGCGGCACAGUCUCUUCGCCUGUCGCGGCCAGUGAUGCUUCUACGGUCGCGGCUACCCAGCAGGCAGUGUCAUCGAAUGAGUCUGCCGUCAAAAUCGGAAUAGGCGUGGGCUUAGCAAUUGGCCUACUUAUUCUCAUUGUCCUUUGCGUCAUAGCCUACGCGUUGAUCCGCCGCCGUAGAAAAGCCAAGAAGGAAGUGCAUGAUGCAGCGCAGUCUCCAAUUUCUGAAGUCUCUUUUGUCGAGAAGACCCACGAAGCGCCUACCAGUGGAGUCGGGAUAUACGAGAUGAAUGGGCAGCAUCGGGGAGAGCUCGAGGAUCAUUCUGGCUCUCACUUUGUGCAAGGUCAAAAAACGGGAUCCAUCUCGAUGGAGCUCGAGGAUCAUGCGACGUCGAAGCUCAUGUUUCAGAGCAAAUCAGAAGAUGCGGAGACUGGACACAGAGCGGAACUGGAGUGA